UGCGUGUGCUCAGUCAUGAGGCUGUGGUUGGGAAGCGCUGACACUGGACUGCAGGCUCUGUGGAAAAGGAAUUUUUACUUUUGAGGUCUUUGAUGGGGAAGAAAAACAACGUUUGGGAUUAUGGAAGCAGGUUGGAGUGACAGCAGGCCCUACUUUUGUACUCUGGCAUGAGAGAUCAUUGAUUUUUUUUAAUUGUGGAGCAAAUUCACAUAUUGAACACCUUCUUCUUGAGAUUUAAUUAUUGUCUUUGCAUUGUGUUAAAUUCUGCUUUCGGAAAAUCCAACUGAAAAAGCAAAGUGAUGUAAAAAAAAAAGUGCGCCGUGCUUUGGUUGAGAGCGCAACGCUGACAAGAAUCGUAAAUCCCACUGAGAGGAUAUAGGCCUACACGAAUUAUAUAAUCCAUGGAUGUAUUUACCAACUCAUUGUAAAUCAUCAAGCGACGUUGACAUAAAAGUGGUUUUGAACAAUCCUCCAUUUGCCGUUCUCAGAACGGCAUUGUGCCUUGGAGCACCUGCGCUGGACAUAAUUCUUGAUGAAUUGGAUACAUGUGCACAACACGGUGACGUAUUUGUAUUAAUCAGAGGGCUCUCGGUGGGGCCUAAUAAUGUAUGCGGGACGUAAAAGGAGGAAGCCGGUUCAGAGAGCGGCGAAACCACCGCCGACUGAGGCUGUGAAGACCAACCCCUCCAAGCGCCACCGUGACCGGCUGAACUCGGAGCUGGAACGCCUCGCCAGCCUGCUGCCCUUUCCCGAGGACGUCACCUCCAGUCUGGACAAACUCUCCAUCCUUCGCCUGAGCGUCAGCUACCUUCGAGCAAAGAACUUCUUCUCAGUUGCCCUGAAAAACCACACCUGCAGCAAUGGGGUGACGGCCAAAGCGGGUAACCAUGACAACGGCAAAGCUGCAAGAUUGGCAGACGGUUGGAUGCUUGAAGGUGAACUCCUUCUGCAGGCCCUGAAUGGCUUCGUCCUGGUCAUCACUGCUAAUGGGACCAUAUUCUACACCUCGCACACCAUUCAGGAUUAUCUGGGAUUCCAUCAGACGGAUGUCAUGCACCAGAGUGUGUUUGAGAUGGUCCACACGGAGGACCAGCAGGAGCUCAGGCAGAACCUCCACUGGGCCCUGAACCCUCCUCCCGCCACCACCUACCCCACGCCCCAGCACUCCCCCACAGAUGGUGAGCGAGGCGGCAACUCAUUGGUCGCCCCCCCCUGCAAUCCGGAGCAGCUGCCCCCAGAGAACUCAUCGUUUCUUGAAAGGAGCUUUGUGUGUCGCUUCCGAUGUCUCUUGGACAACUCCUCUGGCUUCUUAGCCCUGAGUCUCCAGGGAAGGCUCAAAUUCCUGCACGGUCAGAGCCAGCAGGGGCCGAACGGGGUCAAGGCCCCACCUGAGCCGGCCCUGUUCGCCAUCGCCACCCCCUUGCAGUCUCCCUCCAUCCUGGAGAUUCGGACCAAGAACAUGAUCUUCAGAACCAAGCACAAACUGGACUUUACCCCCAUGGCUUGCGACGCAAAGGGCAAGAUCGUUUUGGGCUACACUGAAGCCGAGCUCAGGGUUCGCGGGUCUGGCUAUCAGUUCAUCCACGCAGCAGACAUGCUCUACUGUGCAGAGAACCAUGUCCGCAUGAUGAAGACGGGUGAGAGUGGGCUGACGGUGUUCCGGCUCCUCACCAAGGACAACCGCUGGAAGUGGGUCCAGGCCAACGCACGACUCGUGUACAAGAACGGCAGGCCCGAUUACAUCAUCGCCACCCAGAGACCUCUGCUGGAGGAGGAGGGAGGGGAGCACCUGCGGAAGCGGUCGAUGCACCUGCCCUUCACCUUCGCCACGGGCGAGGCCCUGCUCUACCACAGCAGCCACCCCGUCCUCGCCAGCCAGCAGGGCGGCGGCGGCGAGGGCCGAGCCAAGGGCAAGAAGGGGCAGGCCGACAAAGAGCCCAAGGACGCACUGGACCCGGGCUCCCUGCUGGGCGCCAUGAUGAGCCAGGACGAGUCGGUGUACAUCAGCCAGCCGGCGGCCGAGCCCAAGGCGUCCUGCCUCCUCCCGGGACACCUGUUCGGCGAGCUCAAGGCCCACCAGCAGCAGCAGCAGCAGCAGCAGCAGCGCUUCGCCGAGAGCGUGGCGUCCGCCCAGCGUGCCGAGCUCGUGUUCGAGCGCUGGGAGCAGGCGAUGAACGGCGUCGUCGCCGGCGUGUCGGCCGGCGGCGCGUCCUCCGUGGCCGCCGCGCUCCACGGGACGGCCGAGAACGGGAAGAGCUUCGACCCGCUCCUGGCCACGCUGGACUCGCUGUCGCUGGGCGGGGGCGGUGGCGGUGGCGGGGGUGGUGAGGGCGGCGGUGCCAAGGAGCACUGCUCCAACGGGGAGCUGUUCAGCGCGCUGGAGGGCCUGGGGCUGAGCGCCGAGGACCUGGAGCUGCUGCUGCUGGACGAGCGCAUGAUCCGCGUGGAGGCCGACGCCGAGCACGUGCCCUCCCUGGACGACCUGCUCACCAGCGACGAGAUCCUCUCCUACAUCCACGACUCGCUGGAGCACCGGGGGGACGCCGACGGGCCCGUGCUGCUGCUGCCCCCCACCACCACCGCCCAGCAGCAGCAGCAGCAGUCGCUCCCCCCAGCGCUGCAGAUGGACACAACCCAGGUGCCUGACCCUCGCGUCACUCACGCCUCCGGCACGAACAGCCAGUACCUCACUCAGAGACCACCGGUCGGUCAGCCCCCCAUCCUGAGCCUUUCCCAGCAGAUGCAGCAGCAUUUGAGUCUGAAACAGCCGCCGACGUCCACUUUCGACUCGUGGGGACACCCGGGCGCAGUCGACAGCAACGGCCUCGAGCAGGCGCUGGAAAGACACCCGGCGUCCAACGGCUACUGCUCGGCCCCGCACGCGCUGGUCGCCAUGACUAAAAUGACCGCUCAGCCUGAACUCCCACAGACAUUUUUGCUAAACCACAAGACCUCACAGCAGCUGGACGGUGGCGGUGGCGGUGGCGGUGGUGGCAGCCAGCCUCUCCACUACCAGCAGUUCCCGUUGCCGCAACACACCACCCAGCACAACCAGUUUCCUCAGCUUCAACCUCAGUGCCACAACAGCCACAAGGACAGUACCGUCGCCGGACCGCCGCCACCUUUCAAAACGGACCCUUUCGCCACCAAAGACCACUGGACGGGUUUCACCCAGAGCGGUCAAGGGGAGACCUUGAACCCGGGCCCCUGCCUCUAUAACGGACACGUCCCCUCCACCUGCACCGUGGACUCCUGUAUGAACUACUGCAUGGUGGACGUGCCGGUCAAUGGGGGGGCAGUGAGAGGGAACGGUAUUCAUCAGAGUGCAAUGAAUUCUAUUUCGUCGUAUCAGGUGGUCAAUCCAAAAGGCCAGGAGCAGCUAGCGCAGGUUUUGUCCAGCAUCUCGAAUCAGAUCCUGGGCUCAGGGCAGCCGUGUAGACAACUGUCCACGCUUGAUUCCUGUGGACUGUUUACCUCAGACCUCGGUCAAAUUCCGACACAGCACAAGUUGCAGAAUGGCUGCCUAUCCAGUGCCUCCCAUCCAGGAGACGGUGCCCUGCCCAGUGGGAAUGGACUGACAGUGCCCAACGGCAUUACCCCACACCCAGAGACGGUGCCCAGUUUUACUGACCCACAGACAACGGGAUUCUUCCUCUGACAGGGCCAAACAACUGCAGCUGCAAAUUAAAGGAUAUUUGUGUGUAUGUGUGUGUGUGUGUGUGUGUGUAUAUUUGUGUGUGUGUGUGUGUGUGUGUGUGUGUGUGCGUGCGUGCGUGCGUGCGUGCGUGCGUGCGUGCGUGCGUGCGUGCGUGCGUGUGUGUGUGUUUUGCUCAUUUGCAAUCAAAUUGAACUAUAUCAUCUGACAUGUUUACAACAUACUUUGAAGUGGGCGUGUGUGAGACUGAUGUGGAUAAAUGUUGUCAUCCAGCACGAGUAUGAUGCAUGUCAGAAGUCAAUUGUUCUUCAAAUGUGCUUGUUUAUGUUUCAAAGACAGAGAAUACAGGCAAAAUGACGAAACCCUGUUUUGUGGUUACUUUUGUGUCAUCAAGUGGAUAGGCCUAUUUUUGAUCCAAGAACCUGUCCUUUGCUAAGUCUUUGUUAACCCCCCCCCCCCCCCCCCCCUGACGUCAGCUGUGAACAUCACUUAUACCUCCCUGUAUAUUCCUUUGUGCUUUUUUUGGUGCAGACAGGAAAGUUUUACUACUCUCCUGAGACUGGAGGAUAGACCACAGAAGCUUGAGGGAGAAUAUGCGCACAUUGUUUUUCAAGAGCAAUCAAUAUGCAUAGUGAGAAUGCUGAAAGGGCCCAUCUUUGUCCUGUCUGAGGCCUUUGUAUGUUUGUUUGUGUGUAUGUGUGAAUGGAUGGGUGUGUGUGUGUGUGUGUGUGUGUGUGUG